AUGGAACCAAAUGCUAAACUUUCAACUACUACUGGCACUGCUUUGAUUGAUGUUGCAGUAUACAUAAGACUUGUCGGACGGUUGUUAUAUCUUACUCAUACGAGACCUGAUAUAACAUACGCAGUUCACAAGCUAAGCCAGUACAUGUCUGCUCCUACAGACACUCAUCUACAAGCGGCUUAUCGGGUUUUACGCUAUCUGAAGAAUGACCCUGCUCAGGGUCUCUUUUACUCAGCUUCGUCUCAGAUGAAACUUACAGCAUACUCAGACGCUGAUUGGGCUGCUUGUCAGGAUACACGUCAGUCUAUUACCGGUUACUGUGUGUUCUUGGGAGAUUCACUGAUCUCUUGGAGGUCGACGAAACAACAGACGGUGUCAAGGAGCAGCUCUGAAGCAGAGUAUCGCGCCAUGGCAGAUGCCACUUGUGAGCUUAUUUGGUUGACGACUAUAUUGACAGAGAUGCACUGUCCACCAUUGGCCCCGGCGACCUUGUUUUGCGACAACCAAUCGGCUCUGUAUAUUGCUUCUAAUCCAGUCUAUUAUGAGCGAACAAAACACGUUGAGAUUGACUGCCAUGUGGUUCGUGAGCGCUUGAAGAGUGGUUUCUUGAAGACUCUACAUGUUAAGUCUGCACUACAGCUCGCGGAUGUUCUUACCAAGGCAGUCCAACCAGGUCUCUUCAAGAAUUUGAUAGAAAAGAUGGGAAUACAUAGUUUAUGUCUUCCAUCUUGA